AUCAGCCGUCGCCUUUUCAAAUUAUCAUCGAAACCCAAUCUCACUUGGCAACCUCGUUUGAUUCUGCUUAAUUUGUGCUUUUUCUUCUUUUUAUCUUCAUUAUAAUGGAUCCCAAGUCUCGCACUCUGGAGAUCACAAUCUUGUCAGGAGAAGACCUGAGAAUCGAUAACAAAUCGGUUAAAAAGAACGCUUUUGUCAUCGUUUGGAUCGACGAUUUUAACUAUAAGACGACGAAGAUGGAUGAAGAAGGAGGGAGCUACCCCUCAUGGAACGAUAAACUAGUGAUGGACAUGCCCAUGCAGACACCCUUCAUCACCCUCGAAGUAAAAUGCAAGGCUUCAGGCGGGGAUAGAACCGUAGGACUUGCAAGAAUACCAGUGACGGAUUUUAUUGGAGGGUAUUGCCCCGAGACUUGUUUACAGUUUUUGAGUUAUCGGUUAAGGGAUCCCAAGGGGCUGAAGAAUGGAAUCAUUAAUGUUUCUGUUAGAGUUAAAGAGCCCUUGCGUGCUUGUUCUUCCCAGGCUGCAGCUGCAUCUGCAGGGCUGGGAAUUCCCAUUGACGGACGAAAAGAUUUUGGUGUUGUUACUGGGAUUCCAAUUUGGAGCGGUUAUGCAUCGAUCUAAUUCUGGAGCGGUUAUGCAUCGAUCUAAUUCUUUGUUCACACGAUUUUCAAGGAAUUAAAUUGAAGCAACAACGAUGUACAAAUUAAAAACAUAACAAUGUUUUCUUUUUUGUUCUAAAAGGAAAACUUGUUUUGCUGGAAUCGUUCCUCUUUAAUUAGAAAUUCUAUUCACAUGGGAUCAAUUAGAACUGA